GCCGGCGCGGGGCGGACAAGAUGGCGGACGGGGACAGCGGCAGCGAGCGCGGCGGAGGCGGCGGCGGGUUCGGGACCGGGCGCGGCGGAGCGGGAGGAGGCGGCGCCGGGUCCGGGGCGGGCUCCGGCGGCGGAGCGGGCCCCGAGCAGGAGACGCAGGAGCUGGCGUCGAAGCGGUUGGACAUCCAGAACAAGCGGUUCUACCUGGACGUGAAGCAGAACGCCAAGGGCCGGUUCCUGAAGAUCGCCGAGGUCGGCGCGGGAGGCUCCAAGAGCCGCCUCACGCUCUCCAUGGCCGUGGCCGCCGAGUUCCGCGAUUACCUGGGCGACUUCAUCGAGCACUACGCUCAGCUCGGCCCUUCCAGCCCCGAGCAGCUCGCCCAGGCCGCCGGCCCCCCCGGCGAGGACGGCGCCGGCCCCGGCCCCCGCCGCGCCCUCAAGAGCGAGUUCCUGGUGCGGGAGAACCGCAAGUACUACCUGGACCUGAAGGAGAACCAACGCGGCCGCUUCCUCCGCAUCCGCCAGACCGUGAACCGCGGGCCCGGCGGCCCGGGGGGGUUCCCGGGCGGUCCCCCCGGCCUGCAGAGCGGGCAGACCAUCGCGCUGCCGGCGCAGGGCCUCAUCGAGUUCCGCGAUGCGCUGGCCAAGCUCAUCGACGAUUACGGAGGGGAGGAGGACGAGCUGGGCGGCCCCGGUGGCGGAGGCCCCGGAGGGGGGGGGCUCUACGGGGAGCUACCCGAGGGCACGUCCAUCACGGUGGACUCGAAGCGCUUCUUCUUCGACGUGGGCUGCAACAAGUACGGGGUGUUCCUGCGGGUGAGCGAGGUGAAGCCGUCCUACCGCAACGCCAUCACCGUCCCUUACAAGGCUUGGGCCAAGUUCGGCGGCGCCUUCUGCCGUUACGCCGAGGAGAUGCGCGACAUCCAGGAGCGCCAGCGGGACAAGCUCUACGACCGCAGAGCCGGACCCCCCGGCCCCGGCAGCGGCAGCGGAGCCGGCGACGACUCGGACGGCGACGACGUGGACGACGACUGAGCCCCGGAUCCCGCCGCCG